AUGUUAAGCAUGAUUAUUAAUCGAUACGUAAUCAACUACCGAUGUCCAAAGUUCUUUCAAAAUAAUUUUAUUUUAAUUAUGCAAUCAUUAUCUGUUUAUGCUCGAUUAUUUGCACGUGCUAUUAGUAGUACAGAAGCUGAACAUAUUCUUUUUAAUGGUUUAUUACGUUUAUCAUCAUCUUGUGUUCAUGCAACACAAUCUUCCAAUCGUCUUGCUAUAACGUAUCCAUCGACAGCAAUUAAACAUACGGUACAUCUAGUCACUGUUUCAUCGGGUUAUUCAAGUCAUGAUAAUAAUGAAUAUGAAUGUAUAACAAAAACGAAACGAAGGAAUUCCUUAAUAGAACAAAAAUCACAUCCAUCAAAUGUUUAUGGUGACGAUGCUUUUUUUAUAACAAAACAUCGUUUUGGAGAUUUUCUUGGUGUUGCUGAUGGUGUUGGUGGUUGGCGUGAACAUGGUAUUGAUCCAUCAUUAUUUUCACGUUCAUUAAUGGAAGCAUGUAAAUCAUUAAUUGAUAAUAAACUUAUUGAUUUAAAUCCAUUAACAUUAAAAGAAUUAUUAUCCAAAGGUUAUAAACAAUUAUUAGAAGAUAAACAAUGUAUUAUUGGAAGUAGUACAGCAUGCAUUGUUGCAUUACAUAAUGAAGAAAGAAUAUUACAUACAGCUAAUUUAGGUGAUAGUGGUUUUGUUGUUAUAAGAAAAAAUACAAUAGUACACCGAUCACAAGAACAACAACAUUAUUUUAAUUCACCAUUUCAGUUAGCUAUUCAUCCAACAAUUAAAGAUCCACGUUUAAUUGCUGAUAGUCCCGAUUUAGCAUCAGUGACUUCAUUUCAUGUUGAAGAAAAUGAUUUUAUUGUUAUUGCAACAGAUGGUCUAUGGGAUAAUUUACCUGAUGCUACAAUACUUGAAGAAAUAAAACAAAUUAAAGUAAGUUAG